AUGUCGCCAAGUCGAGCCACUCCCAUUAUCAUUGGUGUUGGCGAUGUUAGAAACAAAUCUAGCAAGCCAGAGGACGCCAUCGAGCCCUCAAAAAUGAUGGUCGGCGCCAUCCAAAACGCCAUCAAAGACACAGGUCUCGAUGCCGGUGCACAGAAACAGCUUCUCGGCGAUGCAGAUAGCUUGCGCAUCAUUCCCACGUGGACGUGGGCUUACAAUGACUUGCUGAGCACUGUAGCCAAUGAUCUGGGAAUUAGGCCGGCAACGAAAGAGAUGCCGACGCACGGCGGCAACCAACCUGCAUUGCAAUGCGACGAAGCAGCCAGAGCCAUCGCCAACGGCCAGAGCAAGGUGGCCAUUCUGACUGGCGGCGAGGCCAUGGCUUCACGUGCUGGUGCACGUCACUCCGUCGGUCUUCCCAUCCAUGUCUACCCUUUGUAUGAGAUUGCGCGCCGCGCACAUCUUCACCACACUGCACAGCAAAAUAACCAGGAAUCGGCCACCAUGUACGCUUCAUUCGACGAGAUUGGCUCCAAGAACAAAUACUCGUGGAAUUAUGGCGAGAAGCCGAAAUCAGCUGAAUUCAUCGGCUCCAUCUCGAAGCGAAACCGCAUCAUCUGCGACCCUUACCCCCUACUGAUGAAUGCCUUUAACGGUGUCAAUCUGUCGGCUGCCUGCAUCUUGACGUCGACGGAGCAUGCUGAGAAACUCGGUAUUCCUAAAGACAAGUGGGUGUAUAUUCUUGGCGGAGCCGGUACUCACGAAAAGGACAACUUCUGGGAACGACCUGGGUUCGCUAGCAGUCCAGCGAUUACAAACUCGCUCAAUUCUGCACUGCAAGUCUGUGGCCUGAAAAAAGAGCAGAUUGACGUUUUCGAUUUUUACUCAUGCUUCCCGAUUGUCCCCAAGCUUGCAUGCGAUCAUUUCGAACUCUCGCCCACCACUCCGGAAAAGCCAAUUUCACUCUUGGGCGGACUAACAUCAUUCGGAGGCGCCGGAAACAACUACUCCAUGCACGCAAGUACAGCGCUCACGGCCAUGACGCGAGAGCUGCGCAGCCGCAAAUACAACAACGGCCUGAUUCUUGCCAACGGCGGUAUGCUCACGCAUCAGUACGUUGUCUGCCUCUCAGCACAACCUCGCAAGGACGGAAAGGACUACCCGUUGGAGAACCCGUUGCCUCUUGUCGUGCAGGACCCGGCGCCACCAUUUGCCGAAGACGCCACCGGCCCCGCCACCAUUGAAACUUAUACAAUCGAGUAUGAUCGCUCUGGAGUACCCAAUCUCGGCCUCAUUGUCGGGAAGCUCAAGACUGGCGAGCGGUUCCUCGCGAAUCACGGCGACGAUGCGACGCUGCAAAGACUGGCCCAACGUUCCGUGGAGCACAUUGGUGAGGCGGGCGUUGUACGAAAGGAAGACGAGAGGAAUCUCUUUUACUUUGACGCCAAACCGAACCUGUAA